AUGUAUUUCCUUGCUACCCAUCUCUCCAUUCUACUUGCUGCAUCGGCUACUCUCAUCGCCGCUCAAGAUGCAACGCCAACUUCCCCGAGCACAAACGGAAACUCGAACUGCGCUUCUCAAAAAGUUGUAGAUUCAUGCGUCGCCAUCAUGAAGCGUGGGCUCGCAAAAUGUUCCUCGGCUGAUUGGGACUGCAAGUGUUCAGGCGCUGCAAAUAUUUCAAACUGCUACGUAAACUGCUCCGAGGAUGACCCGGAAUCCUCUGCGGCCAGACAACUUAGCGUAAAUGACUGCGCUACCGCGAAUGCAUAUGACCAAGGAGAGACCACCGUCGCACCCUCGUGGACUUUGCCUGGGUCGAAUGCCGCUCAGCCAACCAACGCAGAUGCCAGUAUAAUAACCUCUAGUGGCGGCUCGUCUACUACGGCCGGCCCCACUAAAUCAUUCAUUGGGUAUGAGAAGUCGGCGAUUCCAUCGGAGGGAGCUGCAGUUGCGAAUGAUGCCGGUAGCUGGAUGGCUCUGGUUGUUUUAGGACUAGGAGCUGCAUUUUGA